GCUGAUGCAUCCUGCCCAGCACCCGUCCCGGGGCAGGAGCUGCAGGCUGGCGAGGCUGCGGGCAUGGAGAGCGAGAAGCCUGGGCCGGAGGGGCCUCAGGGCCGGUCCCUGGGGCAGGGCUGGCACUUGGGGGUCAGGGGCUCCGGUGAGUACUCCCCUCCAUCCGCGCCUGCCCCCUGGAGCCUGCCCCGCUGGAGAGCUUACCUGGCGGCUGCCGUGCUCUGCUACAUCAACCUCCUGAACUAUAUGAACUGGUUCAUCAUCGCAGGAGUGCUGCUGGAUGUACAGAAGUUUUUUCACAUCAGCGACAGCAAGGCUGGUUUGCUUCAGACGGUCUUCAUCGGCUGCCUGCUGCUGUCUGCACCUGUGUUUGGCUACCUGGGUGACCGCCACAGCCGCAAGGUCACGCUGAGUGUGGGUAUCAUACUCUGGUCAGGAGCAGGCCUCUCCAGCUCCUUCAUCUCCCCCAGUCACGCCUGGCUCUUCUUCCUGUCCCGGGGAGUGGUAGGCAUUGGCACAGCCAGCUACUCCACCAUUGCGCCCACCGUCCUGGGAGACCUCUUCGUCAGGGACCAGCGGACCUGCGUGCUGGCCAUUUUCUACCUCUUUAUCCCUGUCGGAAGUGGUCUGGGCUACGUGCUGGGGUCGGCCGUGGCGGAGCUGAGCAGGAACUGGCGUUGGGCCCUCCGAAUCACGCCCUGCCUGGAAGCCGUGGCCUUGAUCCUGCUUCUUGUGCUGGUUCCAGACCCGCCCCGGGGAGCUGCGGAGAAGCAGGGGGUGGUGGCCUUGGGGGGCCAGAGGAACAGCUGGUGGGAGGACAUCCGCUACCUUUGGAGAAACAAGAGCUUUGUGUGGUCGACCCUUGGAGUGACAGCCAUGGCCUUCGUGACCGGAGCUCUGGGCUUCUGGAUCCCCAAGUUUCUGUUCGAGGCCCGUGUGGUGCACGGGCUACAGCUUCCCUGCUUUCAGGAGCCAUGCAGCAGCCAGGACAGCCUGAUUUUUGGGGCGCUGACUGUUGGGACUGGCAUCAUUGGGGUCAUCCUGGGAGCAAAGGCUUCGAGUACAUACAAGAAAGUCAACCCUCGGGCCGAACCUCUCAUCUGUGCCUCCAGCUUGCUUGCUGCAGCCCCCUGCAUCUACCUGGCUCUCAUCCUGGCCCCGACCACCCUCCUGGGCUGCUAUGUGUUCCUGGCCCUCGGGGAGCUGCUUCUGUCUUGCAACUGGGCAGUGGUUGCUGACAUCCUGCUGUCCGUGGUGGUGCCCAGAUGCCGGGGGACAGCAGAGGCGCUGCAAAUCACUGUGAUCCACGUUCUGGGAGACGCCGGCAGCCCCUACCUCACUGGACUUAUCUCCAGCGCCCUGCGGGCCGCGCGCCCCGACUCCUACCUGCAGCGCUUCCUCAGCCUUCAACAGAGCUUCCUGUGUUGCGUCUUCGCCAUCGCCCUGGGUGGCGGCUGCUUCCUGCUGACUGCGCUGUACCUGGAGAGAGACCAGGCCCAGGUCGGGCAGCCUGGCACAGGGACCUGCGACAGCAAGCACGUGGACAGCAAGGCCAAGGAGAGCCAAAGCCUGCUUCCUGGCACAGCGUCCUCCAGAGAGGACCCCUGAGGCCCCUGCCCUGCAGCCGGGAGGUCCCACCCAGCCUGCCUGUACCCCCAGCGGGCAGCCUCCACUGUAUCAGUGCCUCUGCCCACCUUUGGCUGUGGCUCAGGGACCCUGGCUGAGCUGCACCUGCCACUUCUUCACUCCGGGCUAGAGAGCUGGCAGCCCCUGCCAUGGGGCUGGGAAUUGAGCUGUCAGCACCCUCGGCAGGAGGCCUGAGCCUAUGCCUGCACCCAGCACGAGGCUGCUCCAGCCCGGGGUCCUCGGCCUGGCUGCCAGCGGGCCCGAUUAAAGUGUGGCCAGUACAAAGCCCAUGGA